AUGGAGCUGCCUUCCUUCCAGAAGCUCAUCGCUGGGCCUUUUGCUGACUCUUUUCAGGUCAUUCGGAGACUGAGAGAAAGAGGGGAGCCCAUCAGGCUGUUUGGGGAAACCGAUUACGAUGCCUUUCAGCGAUUGCGAAAAAUAGAAAUCCUGGCUCCGGAAGUGAACAAGGGAUUGAGGAACGACUUGAAGGCGGCUUUGGAUAAGAUCGACCAGCAAUACCUGAACGAGAUUGUAGGGGGCCAGGAGCAAGGAGAGGAUGACGCGCAGAACGACCUCAAAGUCCACGAGGAGAACACGACCAUUGAAGAGCUAGAGGCAUUGGGAGAAUCCUUAGGUAGGGGUGAUGACCAUAAAGAUAUGGAUAUCAUCACUAAAUUCUUGAAGUUUCUUCUUGGAGUUUGGGCAAAGGACCUGAACGCGAGAGAAGAUUAUUUGAAACGGGGCGUCCAGGGGAAGCUGAACAGCGCGACCCAGAAGCAGACAGAGUCAUACCUGAGACCUCUCUUCAGAAAACUCCGGAAAAGGACUCUGCCUGCAGACAUCAAGGAAUCCAUCACAGAUAUUAUCAAGUUCAUGUUGCAAAGAGAAUACGUGAAGGCCAAUGACGCCUAUCUCCAGAUGGCAAUUGGGAACGCGCCUUGGCCGAUUGGCGUCACCAUGGUUGGCAUCCAUGCCCGUACUGGUCGUGAGAAGAUCUUCUCCAAGCACGUGGCCCACGUUUUGAACGACGAGACUCAGAGGAAAUACAUCCAGGGUUUGAAGAGGCUGAUGACCAUUUGCCAGAAGCACUUCUCCACCGAUCCGUCCAAAUGUGUGGAGUACAACGCCUUGUGACCACGCUGCAACCUUCUUUCUGCUCCUGGGGCCCAGGCAAGAUGGGAGAAGGGACAGACUCUGUGCGAACUUCGCCUCUGAAGCUUGGAAGAAACGGCUGAAGUCAAGUUUGGCCCCUGUGUUGGACUUCAACUCCCAGAAUUCCCCGACCAGCCGUGCAGUUCUUGAAGUCCAUCCGUCUGCAUUUUGCCAGACUGGACAAACACUGUCUGAGGUUCUGCCCAAGCAAUCAAUCACCACUGCUCAAGCUUCUAUCAACUUGUGUGUGU